AUGGACGCGGCGUCGGGCGUGCGGGUGUGGUCGCCUGUGCGUGUGGUGCGUGAAGUGCCGGCGUAUGGCGAUGCUUCACCGGUCUCGUCUAUCUCUGACUCAGACACGCCGGAGUCUGACGAGAUGGCGCCGCCGCCGCCGAUGGAUGAGCCGUUGUCAGCGUCCAGUGGGGUGCGAGGCACAUCGCUCGCGGAGCUGCCGCACGAGAUACUCCUACAUGUGUUCCGGUAUGCACUGACUUCGCAGCAGGAUCUGCAGUCGUGCCUUCUUGUGUGUCGUCGCUGGUGUGCGAGUGCGGUGCAAGUGCUGUGGCACCGGCCUUCGUUCCACAAGCUGUCGGCUCUCUUCCAGAUGAUCCAUGUGAUGAUCCAGCCAGAUGCUUAUUUUCCGUAUGCAAGCUACAUUCGGCGCCUCAACUUUAGUACACUCGCUGGCGAGCUCGAUGACCAGUUGUUUGGGCGCAUGGCGCUCUGCCACCGCCUCGAGCGGCUUACUCUGUCAGGUUGCACGCAAGUCACCGAGGAAACGCUGUCGCGAGUGCUGCAAAAUACGCCUCAGCUUGUGGCCGUUGACUUUAGUGGCGUGACGUGCGUUACGGACCAUACGCUGCAGGUGCUCGCCACGACGUGCCCACGCCUCCAAGGGGCCAAUUUGACCGGUUGCCUUCGCAUUACCAGCCAGGGCGUGUGUGACUUGGCUCGGCACUGUCCCAUGCUGCGGCGCAUCAAGCUGGGUGCGUGCGAGCGCGUAGGUGAUGAUGCGCUGCUGGAACUGCUGCGUCGGUGCCCUACCCUGCUCGAAGCCGACUUGAUGCAGUGCACGUCGGUGCAUGACCAAAGCGUCCAGGACGUGUGGCUGCGUCCGACGCAGCUUCGCGAGCUCAAAUUGGCUCACUGCAAUGCCCUGACGGAUUUGGCGUUUCCUACACCAUCUAUGCGCAGGGCACUCCCUUUAUCGCCCCCCUUUCGCGUGUGUGAGCAUUUGCGAAUGCUCGACUUGACUUGCUGCACGAUGCUCACGGACGAGGCCGUUCGUGCGAUUGUAUCGCAUGCGCCGCGCUUGCGGAACGUGUCGCUGGCGAAGUGCUCACGUCUGACUGACCAGAGUGUGUAUGCGAUCAGCGAGCUCGGACGCAACAUCCAGCACCUGCACUUGGCUCACGUGUCUCAUGUGACGGACCGCGCCAUCAUACACCUGGCGCAUCAUUGUACACGCAUCCGGUACUUGGACCUAGCGUGCUGUGUCCAGCUCACGGACGAAAGCGUCGUGGUCCUCGCGUCGCAGUUGCCCAAGCUGCGGCGCAUCGGACUCGUGCGUGUGGCACAGCUCACCGAUCGCGCGAUAUAUGCGCUGGUCGAGCGAUAUACCAACCUGGAGCGGGUGCACCUUUCCUACUGCGAGAAUAUCCACGUACCCGCCAUCUUCUGGCUCACCCUGCGCCUGCCGCGCCUCACGCAUCUCAGCUUGACGGGCGUGCCCGCGUUCCGCUGCGCCGAGCUUCAGGCCAUGUGCCGUCCCCCACCCAAAGAGUUUAAUCAGCACCAACGCCAGUCCUUUUGUGUAUACAGUGGCCGCGGUGUUCACGAGUUGCGUCGAUUUCUGCAGCAUGUGUAUGCUGACGAGACGCUCGUGCGACAGUUUGGUCCGCUGCAUCCCGACCGGCACCGCAUCUUUCAAGCGGGCCUCGCUCGGCAGCAGCAGCAGCAGCAACAGUGGCUGCUCCAGCAAGAGGCUGUGGGAUCGAUCCUGCCCUCGUCCGUGUAG